GCCCCGCGAGCCGCCCCGAUGUGGCAGGAGGCGAUGCGGCGCCGCCGCUACCUGCGGGACCGCGCCGAGGCUGUGGCGGCGGCGGCGGGCGGCGGAGACGGGCUGCCUCGGUCCCGGGACUGGCUGUACGAGUCCUACUACUGCAUGAGCCAGCAGCACCCGCUCAUCGUCUUCCUGCUGCUCAUCGUCAUGGGUUCCUGCCUCGCCCUGCUUGCCCUCUUCUUCGCCUUCGGGCUGGAAGUUGAAGACCAUGUGGCAUUUUUAAUAACGGUUCCAACGGCCCUGGCGAUUUUCUUUGCGAUAUUUAUCCUCGUCUGCAUCGAGUCUGUGUUUAAGAAGCUGCUGCGCCUCUUCUCUUUGGUGAUAUGGAUCUGUCUCGUCACCAUGGCCUACUUGUUCCUGUGCUUUGAAGGCACCAUCUCUCCCUGGGACCAGGUAUCAUUCUUCCUCUUCAUUAUCUUCGUGGUGUACACCAUGCUGCCCUUCAACAUGCGAGAUGCCAUCAUCGCCAGCGUCCUCACCUCCGCUUCCCACACCAUCGUGCUGAGUGUCUGCCUGUCUUCAACUCCGGAGGCCAAGGAGCACCUGGUCUGGCAGAUCCUGGCCAACGUGAUCAUUUUCAUCUGCGGGAACCUGGCGGGAGCGUACCACAAGCACCUCAUGGAACUUGCUCUGCAGCAGACAUAUCAGGACACGUGCAAUUGCAUCAAGUCCCGGAUCAAGUUGGAAUUUGAAAAACGUCAGCAGGAGCGGCUGCUGCUGUCCCUGCUGCCGGCGCACAUAGCCAUGGAGAUGAAGGCCGAGAUCAUCCAACGGCUGCAGGGCCCCAAAGCGGGCCAGAUGGAAAACACAAACAACUUUCACAACCUGUACGUCAAACGACACACCAAUGUGAGCAUCUUAUACGCGGACAUCGUUGGCUUCACCCGGCUGGCGAGCGACUGCUCCCCAGGAGAACUUGUCCACAUGCUGAACGAACUCUUUGGCAAGUUUGAUCAGAUUGCAAAGGAGAACGAAUGCAUGAGAAUUAAAAUUUUAGGAGAUUGCUACUACUGUGUGUCGGGACUCCCUAUCUCUCUCCCCAACCACGCCAAAAACUGUGUGAAAAUGGGACUGGAUAUGUGUGAAGCCAUAAAGAAGGUAAGGGACGCUACCGGCGUUGACAUCAACAUGCGCGUGGGCGUGCACUCUGGGAAUGUCCUGUGCGGCGUGAUUGGUCUGCAGAAGUGGCAGUACGAUGUGUGGUCACAUGACGUUACCCUGGCCAACCACAUGGAAGCUGGAGGGGUCCCUGGACGUGUCCACAUUUCUUCUGUCACCCUGGAGCACUUGAAUGGGGCCUACAAAGUGGAGGAGGGAGACGGUGACGUCAGGGACCCCUACUUAAAACAGCACCUGGUGAAGACCUACUUCGUGAUCAACCCCAAGGGAGAACGACGGAGUCCCCAACACCUCUUCAGACCGCGCCACACCCUGGAUGGAGCCAAGAUGAGGGCGUCCGUCCGCAUGACCCGGUACUUGGAGUCCUGGGGGGCGGCCAAGCCUUUUGCACACCUGCAUCACAGGGACAGCAUGACCACAGAGAACGGCAAGAUCAGCACCACGGAUGUACCAAUGGGUCAGCAUAAUUUUCAAAACCGCACCUUAAGAACCAAGUCACAAAAGAAAAGAUUUGAAGAAGAAUUGAAUGAAAGGAUGAUUCAAGCAAUUGAUGGAAUCAAUGCACAAAAGCAAUGGCUCAAGUCUGAAGAUAUUCAGAGAAUCUCACUGCUUUUUUAUAACAAAAUACUAGAAAAAGAAUACCGAGCCACCGCACUGCCAGCGUUCAAGUACUACGUGACUUGCGCUUGUCUCAUAUUCUUCUGCAUCUUUAUCGUGCAGAUUCUCGUAUUACCAAAAACAUCCACCUUCGGGAUUUCCUUUGGAGCCGCGUUUCUCUUGCUUGCCUUCAUCCUCUUCGUCUGCUUUGCUGGACAGCUUUUGCAAUGCAGCAAAAAAGCCUCUCCCCUUCUCAUGUGGCUUUUGAAGUCCUCAGGCAUCAUCACCAACCGUUUCUGGCCUCGGAUCUUUCUCACCGUUGUCACCACAGCCAUCGUAUUGACCAUGGCCGUGUUCAACAUGUUUUUCCUGAGUGACUCAGAGGAAACAAUCCUUCCAACUGCCAAUAUAUCAAACACAAGUUUUUCUGCCUCAAAUAAUCAGGCAGUGAUUCUGCGUGCGCAAAGUUUAUUUUUCCUCCCGUACUUUAUCUACAGCUGCAUUCUGGGCCUGAUAUCCUGUUCGGUGUUCCUGCGGGUGAAUUACGAGUUGAAAAUGUUGAUCAUGAUGGUGGCGUUGGUGGGUUACAACAUCAUCCUGCUCCACACCCAUGCCCACGUCCUGGGUGAUUACAGCCACGUCCUGUUUGAGAGACCAGGCAUUUGGAAAGACCUAAAGACCAUGGGCUCUGUGUCUCUCUCUAUAUUCUUCGUCACACUGCUUGUCCUGGGUAGACAGAAUGAAUAUUACUGUAGGUUAGACUUCUUAUGGAAGAACAAGUUCAAAAAAGAGCGGGAGGAGAUAGAGACGAUGGAGAACCUGAACCGCGUGCUGCUGGAGAACGUGCUUCCCGCGCACGUCGCCGAGCACUUCCUGGCCAGGAGCCUGAAGAACGAGGACUUAUACCACCAGUCCUAUGACUGCGUCUGCGUCAUGUUUGCCUCCAUUCCUGACUUCAAGGAAUUUUAUACGGAAUCAGAUGUGAACAAGGAGGGCUUGGAAUGCCUUCGGCUCCUGAAUGAGAUCAUCGCCGACUUUGACGAUCUGCUGUCCAAGCCGAAAUUCAGUGGAGUUGAAAAGAUCAAGACCAUCGGCAGCACAUACAUGGCAGCGACGGGUCUGAGCGCCGUGCCCAGCCAGGAGCACGCCCAGGAGCCCGAGCGGCAGUACAUGCACAUCGGCACCAUGGUGGAAUUUGCUUUUGCCCUGGUGGCCAAACUGGAUGCCAUCAACAAGCACUCCUUCAACGACUUCAAACUGCGAGUGGGUAUCAACCACGGGCCUGUGAUAGCCGGUGUGAUUGGCGCCCAGAAGCCACAGUACGACAUCUGGGGCAACACCGUCAACGUGGCCAGUCGGAUGGACAGCACCGGCGUCAUGGACAAAAUACAGGUCACUGAGGAAACGAGCCUCAUCCUGCAGACGCUCGGGUACACAUGCACGUGUCGAGGAAUCAUCAACGUGAAAGGAAAGGGAGACCUGAAGACAUACUUUGUAAACACAGAAAUGUCAAGGUCCCUCUCCCAGAGCAACCUGGCAUCUUGAAGAGUGGCCUUCGUUGUGGCAAGAAGACUGUAUUUUCGGGAAGGUACCACGUACUUUCUGACUGCAACUUUUGUCCCUGUUUUUGAUGUGCGUGCUCUGUCCACAUGUCCUAUGGAGCCUUUGCAGACUAGUUCCUGUGACCCAGUGGCAUACCGUUUGGUGUCUGACGUGUCCCCAGAUUGUUCUGCCACUUGCACUGUGCUUACUCCUAAGCAAAAGGAAAAAGGAGCUCGUGUGAUGGAAGAAAAGCAUUCAGAGAACUAAUAAAGAGGAGAGAGGUGAAACAAACAAAAAUUCUUAAGGCAAUAAAACUAGGGGGUGUAUAUUAUCUUCUGGUGCAUGUUCAUUUCUGGAAAAUAUGGUAGCUCGCCAAACGCAUCCGCUAGUCUGAUAUUCAAACACACAGUAUUUGUGAAUAAGUUGAUUCUGUCACCCCCCCCAUGGAGUCUGUGCUCACUCACGGGUCCCGUUGCCAGUGGCCAUCCGAGGGCCCCACUGGGACCCGUGACUCUUGUCCCUUUGCUCUGUGUGUCUCAUGCCAGCCGCACGUUGCCAUCGAUCACCAGGAUUAGUCCUCACAGCCUAGGACCAGUUUUGUACCAAACUCGUCUGAUGUUUUGAUGCCAUUUGUCUUUUGUAAGGUUAAUUCAUUAAAAGUUUUAUGUACUUUGA